AUGAGGCAGCCGUCCAUCCACUUCGUGCCAUGUUCACAAUCACAUCCAUUCGAAGAGCGACAUUGUAUCGUUGGCGAUCACAACGAUCCUCUAAAGGUUGGGCGCUCGGUUGCACGACUGAAGCCGACGCGGGAUAAUGCUGUAUUUGACUGCAAGGUCCUCUCCCGAUCGCACGCUAGCAUAUGGUAUUCCAAUGGAUCGUUCUGGAUUAAAGACACGAAGAGCAGCAAUGGCACGUUCGUCAACAAUGAAAGAUUGGCUCAAACGGGUGAAGACUCUGACCCUAAGCAAAUUUACAAUGGCGACAUCAUUCAAUUUGGAGUGGAAAUUGUGGAGAAUGCGAAUAAAGUUUCACACGGGUGCAUCUUCUCCUAUAUUCGCUGCUAUAACGAGUCCGGCCACGAAGUUGCUCCUCCGACUGGAGGUGAAGGAGAGACGGCUAAUACACCGGGUGCUCGCGCUAACUUUGUUUUCCAAGAGCAAAUGUGUUAUGCACUGAAUACUCAUUUGAACGAAGCCGUCUAUAGGGAAAGACAUCGGAAUGAAAAGCUGGCGGCAGUUGUUGAGCACCUGAAAGAACUGGAAGUGUUAUCUACUGGGACAUGGCGCAGUUGUCUCCUUGAAGAUGUCCUUUUGCGGAAGAUUCUGACCUUGGAAGAUCAGCUCGAGACCUUCACAAGCAACAAAGCUGUUCCGGAGUGGCACACCAACAUUCUCAAUAAGCUUGAAGCGAAGGAUAAGGCUGUAACCAAGAUGCAUGAAACAUAUGCGCAAUUCGAAGAAGCGAAAAUUGAGGCUGAACAACGUCUUCAGGAUACAGAAAGGAGCCUGUGCAACGCUGAAGAGGACUGCGAACUUCGCCGACACAUCCAUGAUGAUAGCGAUCGGCGCUUGCAAACUCUUCUGAUGGCCUACGACAUCUUCCAGUUGAGUGUCCGAAAGAUGGUAGAAAAGGAAGCAACCAAGCUUCGUGCGCCUUCAAAAAUUCCAAACCUGGAGCAAGUUAUUACUCCUCAACUAUGCAAUUUCCUGCUUGAUCAAGUUCAUGGCAAUCCCGCCACGGCUGGCGCUCCAGAAGCUGCUAGUCAGAUGUUUGGGCAGAUGUUGACAAAGUAUCGUAGCGAGAAUGGUAUAUCCCAGAAGGCGCUCAGCGAGUUCAUCGAGCAAUUUCUACCAGAGAAGCCAGAACCAGUGGAUGCAGCUUCCGCUGCUGUCGCCGCUGGCGAUGCGCCCGUCGAGGAGCCAAUUUCAGCAGCAGAUAACGAUCUGAAGACUGCUUAUUUGGUGGCCAUCGAGCGGUUGCAGGAGGCCACUGCCCAAUUGAAUGCUAUCAAAGAUGCACAGACCGCCCAAGAAGGGGUAACCACCAAUGGGCAAGAAGUUAUCGGCAGUUAUGGAGAUCGCGCCGAGGGCAGGGAACAUGAGAAUUGCCCUAACUUGGACUUCGCAUAUGUGGACGAUCGAAAUCCAGAAGCGCCGAAAUGGAAUUUCCCGCCAGCUACUUCUUGGAAUGCUGAGCCAUUUGGUAGCCAGCUAGCCUCCGAUGGGCCUGCUGAAGCGGCACCUGAAAUCGAGCAGGUGGCGGCUAGCACGGACCUUGUUUCCCGGCCCGCUGCCGAUAAUUUGGACCGAACGCAGUUGCUACUUGUCUCUGUGCUGCCGAUCUUUGCUUUAAUCGUCACUUUCUUCUCCAUGGUCUUCCGAGAAGUGCGCCAUCGUAUUGGCUACAAAACCGAC